ACCGGAAGUGGCCCCAGGCCGGCGUCCGGGCCGCGCCCGCAGUGAGUGAGCUUCCCUCAGGCCAGCGACGCCAUGGAGCCCGGGGCGGCGGAGCUGUACGAUCAGGCCCUGUUGGGCAUCCUGCAGCACGUGGGCAACGUUCAGGACUUUCUGCGUGUGCUCUUCGGCUUCCUCUACCGCAAGACGGACUUCUACCGCCUGCUGCGCCACCCGUCGGAUCGCAUGGGCUUCCCGCCGGGGGCCGCGCAGGCUCUGGUGCUGCAGGUGUUCAAAACCUUUGACCGCAUGGCCCGUCAGGAUGAUGAAAAGAGGAGGAAGGAGCUGGAGGAGAAAAUCAGGAGGAAGGAAGGGGAGGAGGCCACGGCCGAGCAGGAGCCGGUCCCAGCCCCGGUUCAGGAGGUGGAGGUUGACUCCACCACAGCCUCGGGCGGCCCUCAGGAGCCUCCCGGCCUGCAGGGCGCCGUGCAGGAGGUGGCCCACCGCUCCAGGGAGGCAGAGCCGCCGGGAACGGACGCUGGCGCUGCUGAAGCCCCGAGGAGGCCGCCAGCCCUUCCCAAGAGGCAGGAGCAGUUCCAGAGAAACCCCGACAGCUACAAUGGUGCUGUGCGUGAGAACUACGCUUGGUCCCAGGACUACACUGACCUGGAGCUCAAGGUGCCGGUGCCCAAGCACGUGGUGAAGGGCAAGCAGGUCUCUGUGGCCCUCAGCAGCAGCUCCAUCCGGGUGGCCGUGCUGGAGGAAAACGGGGAGCGCGUCCUCAUGGAAGGAAAGUUCACCCACAAGAUCAACACCGAGAGCUCCCUCUGGAGCCUUGAACCCGGGAAGUGCGUUUUGGUGAGCCUGAACAAGGUGGGCGAGUACUGGUGGAGCGCCAUCCUGGAGGGGGAGGAGCAAAUUGACAUCGACCAGAUCAACAAGGAGCGCUCCAUGGCCACGGUGGACGAGGAGGAGCACGCGGUCCUGGACAGGCUCGCCUUCGACUACCAGCAGAAGCUGCAGGGCAAGCCGCAGAGCCACGAGCUGAAAGUCCAUGAGAUGCUGAAGAAGGGGUGGGAUGCUGAAGGCUCUCCCUUCCGAGGCCAGCGAUUCGACCCAGCCAUGUUCAACAUCUCCCCGGGGGCUGUGCAGUUUUAAUGACCGAAGGAAGCGAAGCCCUCGCCGGCGGGGAGGUGGGGCCUCAGCCGUGGCCCACGGCUCCCUCCUGCCGGGGACUCGCUUGCCUGGUUCACCCUUGCCAUCCUUCUUUUCAAGGGGGAACCCGGCCUCCAUGCUGGCCCUGCAUCUCCAGACUGUUCUAGAGCGGGGAGGGGGCUGUGUGGCCUGUGCGGGCGGGUGUUAGAGAGCAGGGGGUGUCCCGGCAGGCGCAGCUCCGGCCCCUCCUGGCCCGUUAGCCACUCCCUCCCUCCGCUUGCUGCUCUUGUGCUCUCUGCUUGCUGUUCUCACGCUUGGGGCGGGCGUGGGUGCCACUCGCGCGGCUGUUGAAGCGUGGGCAGGGUUGUGCAACCUGAGGGCCGAGCUCCUGGCCAGUUUGGGGAGAGCGCAGCCUCGCCCUCUUGCUGGGUGUGUUCACGUGUGGUCUUGCCCGCCUGCUUGUACGCGUUCACCGCCUGCCUCAGCCUCGUUGAGGAGCUGCGGAAACUGGGGUCCUGCCGCCGGAUCUGGACGCUGGAAGGAAGUGUCUCGUGGCUCAGGUGCAGGCACGGCAGGAUCUGUCCCUCUCCUGACCGGGCUGCUCUGCUGCCACCCGGCCUAGCACUUUUCUCUCGGGGGAUCCGGUUCUUGUCAGAGUGAGCUGGGCCAGGCACCCUCAGGAGGCCCUGUGGUGUGUCAGCUGCUCGGUGCAGCCCUUGGUCCUUUCCUGGCUGAGGCCACACUGCACCGCACAGAGCUGUGGCUCUGCUCUCACCGCUAUCCCAGGACCCAGAGCCUGUGCCCUUCGCCAGGACUGUGGGGCUGCCCUUCUGGGCGGUGACCUUGCAGGUCUCUGCACCCUGGAACCUGCCCUCUUGAGCUCUGUUCUCUGGGCUGGGGGAGGAAGGAGCCCUGUCCGGGGGGCAUUCUUUCUGGAGACUUCCCCCUUCAACUGCAGAGGUGGGAGCUGCUUCAUCACAGUCUGUGGGGGCAGGUUUCUGGCUCACAGCGCCCUGUAGACACAUCCCUGGGUCCCUGGGAAGCGUUUGCUUGCUCUGAUGCCAUCACAGGAGGCAUGGACACUAGGUGGCUGGGGGAAGUGCCACCACGGGGGCACAGGGCCCUGCUGUUUGCACUUGUCACCGAAGCUGGUCAUGGAGCUGCUGGAGGCCCCUCUUUAGGGCCCUCAGGAUUUGUACACCUGUCCCACAUAGUGAAAGGUCUCACUGGCACAUGUUUGUAAGAGAACCAUUCUCAACACGCCCCUGUCUCCUCCUCCCCUCCACCACCCCCGUGGGGUCUUCUGCCGUGACCAGGUGGGGUGUGGUGCCUGCACCUCAGCUAUUUGGGAGACUUUGGGAGCUGUGGACUCGGUGGUCAGUUGUCUUCCCUUUGCCCUAUUUGAUUUCCAGUGUUGCGUUUCUCCCCACCCCACCCGCUGUAACAGCAGCUUGCAGGCAUCUGGGAGUGCCAGGCUUCAGGGGAGGGAGUGCUUGGUCACCCGCGCCGUCUUGUGGGAGACCUCUGCCCCUCGCCGCCGGCCUGGGCCCUGGAGCCUGUGCACUCUGCCUGUUUUCUCUCUUCAGACCCGGCAGCAGCAGUUUGGCCACUGAGCUCCGUCAGCUGAGGUCCAAGGAAGUGGGGUGCACACCUGCGAAAUCACCCUGUCUCCGGUGUUGGUUUGCAAUAAAUCUGUAUUUAAGCA